AUGGGGGUACUGCAACCUCGUGGACGUCGUGAUUCUCGCGCCUCUGCUCUCUCGCGUAAUUUGUUCUUGGAUCGCGACACUCCAACCACCGCCUCAGAGUCUGCUGUGGAACAUGCACACCUGGGCACGUCACCCAGUCCAAUGGGAGUAGCAUCAAGCUAUAACGGGUCAACAAUUCGAACUCCCAAUCGCUCCUUCUAUCACCGGUCAUUGAAUGCCAACAGUAUGGAUCCGGCCCAUUAUGCUUCAGACGGUCUCCGUGACCAGACCGCCGAGCUAGCCACAUACGGUCUAUCACUUACGAAAAAGUCACUUCUGCGAGAUGGCCCCGGCUUACCGCCCAGCUUGGAUAUAUUUAAUGGCAGCCAAAGCCACGGCGAAGCUCACGAUCCGAACGAGGCUACGAGCUCUGGUGCCGUGGGGCAGGCUUUGCUGGAGCCGAGAUAUGCAUCUCUCGAUCCUGCGUCUGCGUCCUCGGCUUUGACAGAGAUGAUUCGUCGCCCCUCGGAGGUGAUGGUGGAGGAGCAGCCUACGCAACCUAGCGCUGGGGAGAUCACGCAGUUCCCGCCCCCACCCACGGUCCUCGAAGAACCAGAGCCUGAUACCGAACAUACCUCGUUGCUGUCGAAAUCGCGGUCGAAAUCGACACAGAACUAUGGUGCCUCCGAUGUGGAGAACCAAAGAGUUCCCAUCAUCCGAUCUCCAACUGCCCUCACCAAAGGACUGUCUAAUCUGGCGCAGUGCUCGCGCACUUUGUCCAACCCCAAGUCUUGGAACAAGCGCGCCAUAUGGGAGCAGGCGGUGGCUUAUCCUGCCAGUCUGGUCCCUGCGGUGCUACUUGGACUGCUUCUCAACAUCCUCGAUGCCUUGUCCUAUGGAAUGAUCCUGUUCCCCUUGGGAGAGCCCUUAUUCGCACAUCUAGGAACUGACGGUAUCUCGAUGUUCUACGUCAGCACUAUUAUAUCCCAGGUGGUAUUCUCCAGUGGAGGUUCCAUCUUCAAGGGAGGAAUAGGAAGCGAAAUGAUUGAAGUAGUGCCAUUCUUCCACCAGAUGGCGUUCACUAUCAUGAACUCCAUCGGCAAGGAUAAUCCGAAAUCGGUCAUUGCAACAACCAUUCUCGCUUUUUCCGUCAGCUCAAUCCUUACUGGUCUGGUGUUCUUCCUGAUGGGUGUCUGUGGGCUCGGAUCGCUCAUUGGAUUCUUUCCCCGCCACAUUCUUAUCGGGUGCAUCGGCGGUGUUGGUUACUUCUUGCUGCAGACUGGUGUGGAGGUUUCCGCCCGGCUUCCCGGGUCUUUGGAGUACACUCUACCCACGCUUCAGAAGCUGUUUGAGCUGGAUACUUUCCCGCUCUGGAUCAUACCUUUGGCUCUAGCUAUUGGUCUGCUCGUUCUAAAGCGGUUUGUUCGCUCGAACUUUUUGGUUGGUGGCUACUUCAUUGCGGUGGCCGCUGUCUUCUACAUCACCACAUUGAGCGCACGGGUCUCCAUGGAUUCUUUGCACCAUACUGGAUGGGUAUUCGAUGCCCCAUCUUCUAACAACCCUUGGUAUCAUUUCUACACGCUUUAUGAUCUCUCGGAGGUCAACUGGACCGCUUUCGGCGAGACAAUCCCUGCCAUGUUUGCGCUAACCUUCUUUGGUGUGCUACAUGUUCCCAUCAACGUUCCUGCUCUCGGUAUAUCAACCGGCGAAGACAACCUCAAUGUUGAUCGAGAACUUGUGGCCCAUGGUGUUACCAAUGCCCUUUCGGGAUGCGUAGGAAGCAUUCAGAACUACCUCGUCUACACAAACAGUCUCCUCUUCAUUGCUAGUGGAGGCUCAUCUCGCUUGGCUGGUCUAAUGCUGGCUGCGGCCACGGCGGGAAUCAUGGUCAUUGGCCCAGUCAUCAUUGGCUACAUCCCGAUCAUGGUAGUCGGCGCUUUGAUCUUCUUGCUGGGCAUCGAAUUGCUGCAGGAGGCAUUGGUGGACACAUGGGGAAAGCUGACCCGUCUCGAAUAUCUCACUGUCGUCAUCAUCGUCGUGACAAUGGGUGCGUGGGAUUUCGUCGUUGGAAUCUUCGUUGGAAUCAUUUUGGCCUGUGUCAACUUUGUCGUUCAAACGUCACAAAAGUCCGCCAUUCGAGCAACCUACUCCGGUGAGGUUGCUGGGUCUACGGUCCGCCGUCCCCCUAUCCAACAGCAGUUCCUACGCGAGGCUGGACAACAGACCCUCAUGCUCAAGCUGGGAGGCUACCUGUUCUUUGGUACCAUUGUGAAUGUGGAAAAAACCAUGCGUGGCCUGAUCGAGGAUGAAGCGUUCGACCGCAGACCCAUUCGCUUCCUCAUUCUAGACUUCUCGCGUGUAUACGGUAUCGACUUCUCGGCCGCCGAAGCUUUCACGCGUAUCAACCGCGUUCUUCGAAAGCGCAAUGUGCAAACGGCUAUCUCCGGCUUGAACGUGGACGGUGACGUGGGCAAGUCUCUGCAGAAUGUAGGACUAUUCGAGCCUGACUCUGGCGUCCCCAUAUUCGAGGACCUCAACUCAGCCCUCGAGUUCUGCGAAAACGACUACCUCAAAGUAUUCUACAACCGCCAAGAAGCACUCACCACUCCUACCGAACCAACCAUCCCCAGCGACAGCGACAGCGACCAUCAUCUCCCAGUCCCCGUUCCUUCAUCGCAACCAACAACCCUCCCAGACAAUAUCGUCAGCUCCCCGCGCCGCCAGUAUCUGCAGCGCGUCGCGACAUCCACCAUCCAAGCACACGAAACUACCACCAUGGUCACCCCAGCCUGGUCCGUCAUGCGCCAACCGCUUCCCCUCCUCCUCCAAACCUUCCAAGGUCUCUCCCUCCAAAACGAAGACUUCUGGUUCCCCGCCUGCGCCUAUUUCUCCCGCGAAUCCUACGCCGCCGGCACAAUCCUCUACCACGAAGGUGACGCCCCGCACGCUUUCUACCUCCUCGAAUCCGGCAUGUUGCGCGCAGGCUACGAUCUCCCCCAAGGUCGAUACUUUGAGCUCAUCGUCGCCGGUCGGCCAUGCGGCGAACUGCCUUUCUUCAGUGAUACCCGCCGCACCGCCACCGUCAAAGCUGAGCGGGAUUCUGUUGCUUGGUGUCUUACUGGUGAACAGUGGAAGAUCUUGCAGGAGAAAGAGCCGCGCAUUGCUCGUGAGCUCUUGACUGUCAGCUUGAAAUUUACUACGGAGCGCAUGGAUAGUAUUACUUCUUAUGUGUUGACGACGGCGGCUUGA